AUGGCUGUGAGCUACCGAAUUCAAAAUUCAAAAUUCACCAAUAAUCCCACUGCCCGCCAUCAUGAUAGGGAAAGAUUGAAUAUCAAUCUAUCGAAGUUGAGAGAAGCUUACAAACGUUGCGAGUCAUGA